CAUCCAAAGAGGGUUUGAGAAUUGAGUUUUGAAAUAACACGUGUCAACCCAUGCCCCAAACCCCACGCCCACCAUACCCCAUGGUCUUAAUGGCAGAUUGCAAACCAGGAUGUGCCUACAAAAGGCAUUUCCCGGCAGGGCCUCAAGGAGCAAGGAAGUUUCGGACUAUUCAAGAUUAUGCUAAUGUGGAGACUGUUCGGCGUAGGCUGCUGUGCUUGGAGGUCGAUGAACAAAAUGCUUACCUUGAAAGUUAUUUCUAUGCAAUCAGAUGUUUUAAUGAGUUUCCAGUCGGCGGCGGCUGUGAAGCUGAGCUGAAUAAGAAGCUGGAACAUCGGAAUCAGCAGUUUGCAGCUGAGAUUUAUGAGUUGAAGACGAAGCUGGCACACUUUGAAGAUAAAGUUAUGACCUUAACUGAAGAGUUGAAAGUUUUUAAGGAAGCGAAGAGUUGUUUGGAGUAUUCGAUUAUGAGAAAGAAUGUUGAAGUCCAAAGAAUGAAGCUUGAGUUGGAAUGUCUGAAGAAACAAGUUGCUGAUGGGACUGUGGGAGAAGCACCGCUGUAA